AUGUCUUUCAUUUUUUGUGUUUUAUUAAUAGCUCCAUUAUUCUUAUUAAUAGGGAUAUAUAAGCUAUGUUUCCAAAGAAAACUUGGAAAUAAGAGAGAUUAAUUUGGUACUUUACAUGAGAGAAUGAAAAAAAAAUUAUUUUUUGGAUAUGCUGAAUUAAUCAAUACUAUGUCAAAUGAAGACCUAAAAGUAUUACAAUAAACAUAUGAGAACACAAUAAAAAAUGCUCAAUCAAUUAAAGUAUAAGGUGUAAAGAAAGUUAAAAAUCUAUCAAAAAGACUUAAAAAAGUAUUAUUUGUAGAUGAAUUGGAUCAAAUUACAACUGAAUAAUCUACUUUAAUAUGA